GAAAAAUUGAAAACAAGUCGAGACAAACACAUUCUUGUUGUUUAUUGGUAAUUAUUGUCGACUUUUCGACAUUUUAGAAUAUAUUUGAGAAUUCCAGUACGUGUAGGUGAAAAAUAGAUUUGGAGUUUGUUUGACUGACAUUAUGAAGUUGACAGGGCUAAUACCGGCCAGAUUCUUAACGAUUAUUGCUCAUUUAGUUAUAGUCAUUGUUAUAUUCUUCUCCAAGGGUGAGAAUAUAGUAAUGAGUUUACCAGAAGAUUAUUCUUCAGACCAGUAUACAUCUAAGGAUACACAGAUUACAGUAGCUUUAUCAGUAACAUUAGGAUUAUUUGUAUUGGAAUUAAUAGGGUUUAUUGGUGGAAUUACCAUGUUUAUGCCUUUUCAAAGUUUAUUAUCUACGUGUGCCCACAGUUCUGCAGCUAUAGUGUUGUCAUAUUUUUUGUUUGAUGGUUGGCCGAGUGAUUGGUAUUGGUAUGUGUUUGGAUUCUGCAGUGCCUUCCCAGCAGUGACUGAACUUAUUACUAUUAUUGGUGUGCUAGCUUUUAAAAAGGGAUACUAAUGCCUUGUGUUUUAUUCAUUUUGUAGACAAGGCUGUUUAAUGAACUCUUCCAGGCAUGCAAUUUUAACCAAUUUGAAUGUAUGUUGGAAGACUUUAUUUCUUAAAUGGGGGGAUAUUUUAAUGCCUACCUAGACAUGCCAACACAUCUCUUCAAUAUUCUGAAAUAUAAAAUGUUUCAUUUGGCACAUCGAAACAACCCAGAAAUAUUAUAAGAUUUCCUUUCUUUUUUUAAUUAUGUUUCCAUCCAUUCAUUUCUUAAUGGAGAAAAUAAAAAUAUAAUCCAUUUAGAAUCAGCUUUGUAAGCAUGUAUUUUUUAUAAUCUUAAUACUCGUAGAAAAUACUUGUUUGAAUCCUGUUCUCUUUAUUUGCCCUAAAGUUGUUACUUAAAAUGAAAUCCAUCCAAACUGUUAUUGUUUUUCUAAGCAUAAUGUUUGUCUAAUAGCAACAUGUUAAAUAAUUUUGUCACAUAUUAUUAUGUUUGAUAUAUUGAAUAUUUAAAUUAAAUGUAUUUUGUUAUGUAUAUAAGUCCAUGAACGCAUAUAGUCAUCUAAAUAUUUACAUCACAAGCAGAUCAGAGCUUCAAUUUUGGCCAUCUGUAUCUCUCUUCAUAAUUUAAAUCUGACGUCUGGCUCAUCUGCAAUAUUCAGAUGACUGUAUCUCUAUCGAUGCAAGCUUAAUUGUAUUCCAUCCAAUGUUAUGUUAAAGGUACAGGUUGGCCACCCAAAUCAACCUCCAAAAACAGCAAAUCUGUCCCUUCAAAGCAUAAUAAUUUAUUAUUUAUAUUUGUAUAUAGAAGGUUUUAUAAUUAUUUGUAUAUUAUGUAUAGAGAUUAAAUAGUAUUAAAAUAUAUAUGAGAUUCUUUAACCACCUUGACUUAAUAAGAGCUUAAUAAAUUAAUUUUUGAUCAAACU